UGACAUUGGAAGCUUCUCGGUUUUCCGCUUUUCCUGCUGCUCGAGUUUGGAGUUUCCCCGACGCUUUCAGUUCGUGGCUAGACUUUGGAGCGUGCUGUGCUUGGAAAAACUGUCGCGUGUGUCUGUGACAAAUAUUUUCCCUAAAACACAAAUUCUCCUAAUACAAUUGGAAAAUGUAAAGUAAAUAUAUUCCUAUGCUAUAACAGAUAAACACAAAUCAAAAACUUAAUCAACGCUUUAACUAAACCCCCAAACAAAACCCAAAGAAGACGCGAGUGAAGUUAAUACUCUUUAGUUGCUAUUGCCCCACAAAAUGCUGCCAAACCACGCCUGAGCCUCAAUCUCAAUCUCAACCUGAACUAGGGCCAGAACCAGAACACAACUGUGAUCAUAGACAUAACAACGAUAGUGGUGCCGGAGGAAAGCCAUUGGAAACCAGGAGAACCAGCGUCACAGCCAAAGAUGAGGGAAUCCGGGGACACAGCCAGCAGCCUGCCAGACCGCAACUGAGCGAUUUAUAGAUCGCAGAUAAUACAGCGACCGGAAACCAAAAUCAAUUUCCCCGGCAAUAGCAAUCGGCAGAGGAAAAGGGCAGGACAUCGGCCAACAUAGCAGCACAUUCGCCAAAAGGAGGCUGUAAUGACGACAAUUGACGCGAUGUAGCGCAGACUUAUGGUCGGCGAACGCGACAGGGACCGUGAGGCGGUACGCUGGGCAACGGGUGAAUCAACACCGCUUCAAACCAAUAAUGGAGUAUUACAAAUGGUCGGGCAAUUGCAAGGUGGACAGGCUGCUGGCCAGCAACAGCAACAGCAACAAGCGACUCAGCAACAGCAACACUCGAAGCAGCAGCAGCAGCAGCAGCAACAGCAGCAACUGCAACUCAAGCAGCAUCAGCAGCAGCAACAGGACAUCCUGUAUCAGCAACAUAACGAGGCAAUUGCAAUUGCACGCGGACUGCAGGCUGCAACACCUGCCGACAUCGGCGAUAAUCAGCCGUACUACGAUACAAGCGGUAAUGUCGAUUGGGAGCGGGCGAUGGGAGCCGGUGGAGCUGGUGCAUAUGGUGGCAUCGGCAUCGGAUCUCUACCAGCAGCUGGCGGUGCUGCUUAUCACCUUGGGCCAGCUAAUCCCGCAGGCCUCGUUUCUCGUCACCUGGAUUACACUGAUGGCGGCCACCUUGCUGGCCCAUCCGCCGGUCUUCCUGCUGGAGCUGUGGGAUCAGGAGCCGGAGCGGGAGUCGGUGCGGGAGCAUCAGUCACGGGAUCAGGAUCAGGAGUGGGGACAGGAACAGGAACUGGAGCCGGAUCUGGAUCGGGCAGUGGAGCAGCAGGCAAGGAAGUUCGCUACGCCCCUUUCCCAGUCGCAUCACCAACGCACUCGAUUCCCACAACCUCCCAGCAGAUCGUUGGCAGCGUUGGUGGCGGGGGCGUCGGUGGUGCCAGCAGCCAGUCGAUUUCGGGCGGUGUACCCACCCACAGCCAGAGCAACACCACCGGCGCCCUGCAGCGGACACAUUCCAGAUCCAUGUCCUCCAUACCGCCGCCCGAGCCGUUCAUGAUAGCCCAGUCGAAGGCGGUCAACAGCCGCGUGUCCAUCAACGUGGGCGGGGUGAGGCACGAGGUCCUGUGGAGGACGCUGGAGCGGCUGCCCCACACGCGGCUCGGGCGGCUGAGGGAGUGCACCACCCACGAGGCCAUCGUGGAGCUGUGCGACGACUACUCGCUGGCGGACAACGAGUACUUCUUCGACCGACAUCCGAAGAGCUUCAGCUCCAUCCUGAACUUCUAUCGCACCGGCAAGCUGCACAUCGUCGACGAGAUGUGCGUGCUCGCGUUUAGUGAUGACCUGGAGUACUGGGGCGUCGACGAACUGUACCUGGAGUCCUGCUGCCAGCACAAGUACCACCAGCGCAAGGAGAACGUCCACGAGGAGAUGCGCAAGGAGGCCGAGUCCCUGCGGCAGCGCGACGAGGAGGAGUUCGGCGAAGGUAAAUGCGCCGAGUACCAAAAGUAUCUGUGGGAGCUCCUCGAGAAGCCCAACACUAGUUUCGCCGCCCGGGUUAUCGCAGUGAUAUCCAUACUAUUCAUAGUCCUGUCUACCAUAGCCCUGACGUUGAACACCCUACCACAACUACAACACAUUGACAACGGUACACCACAGGAUAAUCCGCAAUUGGCAAUGGUUGAGGCCGUGUGUAUCACGUGGUUCACUCUAGAGUACAUACUUAGGUUUAGCGCCUCGCCGGACAAGUGGAAGUUCUUUAAGGGCGGCCUUAACAUAAUCGAUCUAUUGGCAAUACUCCCAUACUUUGUUUCGUUAUUUCUAUUGGAAACGAAUAAGAAUGCAACGGACCAGUUCCAGGAUGUGCGUCGGGUGGUGCAGGUCUUUCGCAUCAUGCGCAUCCUGCGAAUCCUUAAGCUGGCCCGUCACUCAACGGGCCUGCAGUCGUUAGGCUUUACGCUGCGUAACUCAUAUAAGGAACUCGGUCUACUAAUGCUGUUCCUGGCCAUGGGCGUUCUCAUAUUUUCUUCGCUGGCAUAUUUUGCCGAAAAGGAUGAAAAGGAUACAAAAUUCGUUUCAAUACCGGAAACAUUUUGGUGGGCGGGUAUUACAAUGACAACUGUUGGCUACGGGGACAUCUAUCCCACAACUGCACUGGGAAAGGUUAUUGGUACUGUGUGUUGCAUAUGCGGUGUUCUGGUAAUCGCUUUGCCUAUUCCCAUCAUCGUUAACAAUUUUGCUGAAUUUUAUAAGAAUCAGAUGCGCCGCGAAAAGGCCCUCAAGCGUCGCGAGGCACUCGAUCGUGCCAAGCGCGAGGGCAGCAUUGUCUCCUUCCAUCAUAUCAAUCUGAAAGAUGCCUUCGCCAAGUCCAUGGAUCUCAUCGAUGUGAUUGUCGACACAGGAAAGCAAACAAAUGUCGUGCAUCCGAAGGGUAAAAGACAAAGCACCCCCAAUAUAGGCAGGCAGACCCUCGAUGUGCAAAGCGCCCCAGGCCACAAUCUCUCGCAAACGGACGGCAACAGCACGGAAGGCGAGUCCACCAGCGGGCGCAAUCCGGCCACCACCGGAACCGGAUGCUAUAAGAAUUACGACCACGUAGCCAACCUGCGCAACUCCAACCUGCACAACCGACGCGGAUCCAGCUCUGAGCAGGAUGCAGUGCCGCCCUACAGCUUCGACAAUCCCAAUGCCCGCCAGACCUCGAUGAUGGCCAUGGAGAGCUAUCGGCGCGAGCAGCAGGCUCUGCUGCUGCAGCAGCAACAGCAACAGCAGCAGCAACAGAUGUUGCAGAUGCAACAGAUUCAGCAAAAGGCACCGAACGGAAAUGGAGGUGCAACCGGAGGAGGAGGAGUGGCCAACAACCUGGCCAUGGUGGCCGCAUCCAGUGCGGCAACAGCCGUGGCCACCGCCACCAAUGCCAGUAAUGCCAGCAAUACCGCCCCCGGGUCAGAGGGCGCCGAGGGAGGCGGUGAUGGAGAAGGGGGCGGAGUCGAUGACGACAACCUGUCCCAGGCCAAGGGACUGCCCAUUCAGAUGAUGAUCACGCCCGGGAUUUUACGGGGACGCAGUAAGGAGGAAGUGGCCGAGCUGCGGCGCCAGGUGGCCCUGGAGAACCUGCAGAACCAGCGGAUGGACAACCUGGAGCAGGACGUGCCCGUGGAAUUCGAGUGCUGUUUCUGCACGACCAAGGACUUCAAGGAAUUCACCGACGCGGAGGGCGUGAUCUCGCUGCCCACCUCCGACUUCCACAAGCCGAUCUGUCUGGAGAUGCGACUGGCGGCAGCGGGUCGUCAAGCAGGAGCCUAUGGGCUCCUCUCACCACUACCAGCCCCUCUACCGCCGCUCCAUGGUCCGCUCCUGGCCCUACCCCCGCCACCCCCAUUGCCCCCAACGUCCUGCGCCGCCGUCCUUUUGCCCGCCAUCUCGCAGUCCUCGUCCACAUCGUCGUCCUAUGGCACCACCACGUCCACCACCAUCGCCCUGCCCCUGGAUGUGUCCCUCAGAUACGGGUCCACCAUCUGCAGUUCGUCCAACUUUAACCAUAACUACAACAACAACUUCAACACCACCACAGUCGGCGGUGGUGGCAAUGGGACGCUCCUUUACGGUGGCAACUACAACGGGAGCAAUAACAACAAUGCCGACCUGGCCAGCGUUGAUAGCUCGGAUACCUAUGCCAGCUGCCAAACGCAUCCCUUCCUGUCCCAAGGAGACCUCACGGCCGAUUUCAAUGAUGAGGCCUGCGCCCUGGACAUUGACAUGGAUAACCUGUACAUAAAUCCCCUGGAAAGGGAGCAGCACCAGGGCAUUAGCAGCUCCACAGGCUUCAUUGUGGGCCUGCCAAGCACCAAUUCAUCGGGUGGACUGCGUGCCCAAGUGAAGAAGAGCGCCUCGGGCGAUACGGCCCUCAGGAACUUGGCCGCCGGAGGCGUAGGAGCCGGCGGUCUGAGUCCCCUGGACGACGUCUACCAGAGCUUUGAUGUCCAGGAGCGGGGAAGUCGGGUCAGCUUGAACGAGAACUCAGUGCCAAAGCAUCGGAAGACGCGGUUCCAGCAGAGCUUCACCGCCAUGCGGCCAAGUGGAGCGACCGGAGGCCUUGGAAGCAGUGUCCUGGGGGGCAUGCGACCUCGCGCCCGCUUCGAGGACACCAAGCUGGACGACGAGACGGGCGGUCGGAGGGAGGGAGAACUGGCCGGAAGUUCCGGUAGCCCGGCGGCCAGCGGAUCCGGCGGAUUCAGCGUUCAAGGACCCAAGAAGAAGCGCUCGGUAUUCAUGCCGGGCAAGAGCUUAGCCACUGCCACCAAACUGAUCAACCAGCAUUUGUUUGGCAUACAGAAUGUGGGCGCCAAAGCCAAGUUCGAGAGCAAGCAUUCCUCAUCGAUAGACUCGAUUGACGCCUCGCCCAAUCUGGAGCACCACCGGCGCUCCAAGUCGAUCCUGAAAAACAAGUCUGAUAUCUCGCGCGUCCUGUCCGAUCCGGAGAGCGAGCGUCUCCUGGCGGACAACAUGUCCGGCUCCGGCGUCUCCGACAACGGCACCGUUAUGGGCGAAUCCGGCAGCGAUUACUCACCGAAUAAAUUACCUCAUUCAGUUUUAGCUAAGUCUAUAUCCCCACCACCCCUCAGGCACCGCACCCUAAUGCACCAGCGCUCAGGACCAGCGACCUUGCAAUCGAAGCCCACGAAGUUCCAGACCCCACGCUAUCCCGAGGAGCAGGCGCUGCGCCAGGUGAAGCCGCUGCUUUCGCGAGGAACUCCUUCCACAUCCGCAUCCGCAGGAUCGGCGGAUGGCCAGCAGACCAGGGACAGCAGUCUGGACUCGGAGACGACCUUCACAUCGCCCGUGAGCCAUCGAGCUGGCGAGGAUCCCCCGACAGCUCCUCCGAGCCAAGCUGCAGUGGCUCCUGGCCAGGAGGAUCGUGAGGAGGAGGGAGAAGCAGAAGCCAACGAUGAGCAGAGGGCCCUUCUCCAAGGAGCCGACGCCGAGGAGGCGAAGAGGGCGGGGAACGAGGGCACGUAGCAAUUAGGGACCCACACACAAACCGACACCAAGAAAAUGUAAAAAAGAUAACCUUUUCCAAGGGAAACCCUCACACCACACAACACACACACACACAAAGCAUACAAAGGGAAAACUCAAAGUGAUAGCAAAGUUAGCAAACAUGGAAUGUGAAUUAUAUAAAAGCAAUGAACAGUAUCCUAGUCUAGAGAUGGUGGGACGAUCCCUAGCAGAUCCCCGGAAUUCGAUCUGCGUAUUUUUACAACUAGAGAAGAGAAGGAGCAACCCGAACUGCAAUGUAGGAGAUUCGGAGCCGCGCAAGUCGUACAAACAGCAAAACAGCAAAAUAUUAUUAAUACCAUACGAUAGGUCGAGUAACUCUAAACGUAAAGCUACGGUGUAUAUAAUGCAGAGCCCAAUCCACUCGUGUACAGAGCAACCUUUAUUUACCGCCUUCAGGACACAGCUAACCGAAAGUAUAUAGACGAAGUCACCAAAAAAGCCUAAAUAGCAACAAAUGAAACGGAAAUAUUCAUAUUUUGAAUGCAACUUAUAAGUAUAUACAAUAUAGGAUAUACACGCAUCGCAAUCGCAGCUCGCAUAUUUACACAAUAUAUAUACAAACUAAGCGAUAUAUAAAUAUAGCCCCAACUAUUUUUCAAACCGCGCUCUAAUCCCCGCAGAUCGGAGGCUUGAGGAGUUACAGACGAGGAGGGGAUGCGACACCCCACCCCAGCCCAUCCCAUUAGAUCCCAAUUAGAAUCGCAUGGCCAUGCAUAUAUCUGUAUGUAAAUCGUUCGUUCGCGUAUCGUUCAAAUUCAUAAUGUCAAAAGUAGUUGAAAAUCGUUGGUUCGUUUCUAUAUCUAUAAGUACUUGUGCGUGUGUGUAGGGCUUAGGGCUUAUCGAUAGAGCUUGGCUUGGCUUAGUCCCCUGAUAUAAUCUGAGUUGCCACCUAUGAAGUAGAGAUUGAGGUUGGUUGGGAAAAUGCAAUAUUGCUUGGAUGUAGAUGUUGUUAUUUGUUAUGUGGGUAUGACAAUGCCAUUCGAGGGCAGCCUGAUUGCGGUGCCAUUUAGGUGGCCCAUCUAUCGGAACCCACGGGAUCGCAUUGUACCAACCCACAUACUGUUAGUUAGUUAUGAAGCGUGUGAGUGUUAUGUAUGUUAGUUAGUUGAGUUAGUUAGAUAGUUGAGUCGAUGUUUAGUUCACUAGUCCGUUCUCCGAAUACGUAAGCAAUAAAAUUGGAAAUCCUCGCCAAGGGACUUUCCCCGUUCGAGGAGCGUGUUAGUCAAUUAUUGCAACCCAAGUUGUUUUUCCACAUUCCAUUCAGUGUAUGCGUGCGAGAGUGUUUCGGCUUAGGUGUUCUAGUAUACCGAUUUGGCAGGUUUCCAUAUCCUCCAUGGGUCAUCCCAACCGAUCUGUCCAACUGGCUUGCGUUUGUCCUGUUUAGUUGCCUCUGCUCGGCCAGCGAUGAGCCAGGAUGCGAGUUAGCCUCUUAGAAACAUAUCAGUAAAGGGAAUACGAACUCACUCACUCACACACCCACUCACCCACACCUAACACCUCUCACAGAUACACACGCCCACACCCAAAGCCCCGAACAAACACCACACUGUAAGAAAACGACACAAAUUUUAUUACGAGACGAUAAUAAAAUGUCUCAACGUCCGCUUUUCGAAUUGAUAAGAACACAAGCAAAGAACAAAAGAACUAAGCAAAAAAGAGAAAACCAAUGCAAACACCUUAUUCGAUAACUAAUGUUAAAGCCAAGAACUCGAGGUAAUAUAGUUAAACAUUUUUAGAAAUAUGUGUACGUAUUAACAAAUGCUUGAGGCAUCCAAAAAUUUUGUAAGCAAUUCAUUUAGGAUUAUCUACACGGUUUUUUGGUGAGCACCGGCCACAUUCCGCCACUGCAUAAUAUUAAUUGUAACUUUUGUAAAUAUUUAUUUCAUAUACAAGACCCUAAAUCGAAGUUUCUGUUAUAUUAUUUUGUAAAACAUUUACGCCAGCAGCAAACGAAUUGAACUUAAAUUCAAACUAACGAGAUAUACUAAGUAAAUGACGAGCAGAGCAAAUACACGUGCAAAAGCAACAUGUUAUUAAUAUUUAAAUUAUUUACCUAACGAUACAUACAUUUUAAUGUAGUCUGAUGGCGACGACGAUUGUAAAUCAGCUAAAUUGAAUAACGGAAAUCGUUGACAAGCAUACAAAUUUAUUAAAGCGUAUUUAAAUCUAUAUGAGCGAAAAGUCAUGAAAAUAUAUAAAUCAUUGAGUAACA